UAUACGUCAUUUCGAGUGAUAUAAAAAAGAGAGAGAGACGAGAUAUCCACAUUCUUGAAUUAUGAUGGCACACGACAUGGAGCGAGUACUGAUGUCCCCGGCGUUCGAAGUGUUUAACAAGCUUCGGCUGGCAGGACAGCUUUGUGACGUGGUCCUCAUCACCGACGGUGUUCAAUUCAACGCCCAUACAGUAAUUCUGUGUGGCUGUAGCUCCUACUUCCAGGCUCUGUUCGCCAGUGACUGGAAUGAUUCAGGAAAGCGGGAGUACCAACUCCCAGGCAUUUCCCCAGAAACACUGAGGCAGGUCAUAGAGUAUGCCUACACGUACUCUGUGGUCAUCACAGCUGACAAUGUGGAGAACCUCCUGGCAGCUGCUGAUUAUCUCAGUGUCUUGGGCAUCGUGCAGCGCUGCUGUGAUUUCCUGCAUGAGCAGCUCUGCCUCAACAACUGCAUUGGCCUUCUUAAAAUCGCCGAUGUCUACUGCGUAAACGAGCUGCACCAUUCUGCAUUCAACUUUAUCUUGAAAAACUUCAAGGAGGUUGCCAUCAGCUCAAACGAGUUCCCAGAACUAAGUCUUGAACAACUUUCUGACAUCAUCGAGCAGGAUGAGCUUAAUGUCAGAGAAGAGGAUGUGGUGUUUGAGGCCAUCCUCCGGUGGAUCGAGCACAAGCCUGCCACCCGAGAGGCCCACAUUUCAGUCCUAUUGGCCAAGAUUCGGAUGGCUCGUAUGGAUCCGGAAUACUUCAUGAAAAUCGUCAAAGCCAACGAUCUAGUGAAGGCCAAUGUGGCGUGCAGGCCAAUUAUCACUGAUGUACUGAAGGUCAUCUAUGAUCUUCAUGAUGAAAGUCCACUCUCUGAUUUUGAGAACCCACUGAUCCGCCCGCGCUUGCCCUCUGAUAUUUUGCUGGCUGUUGGUGGAUGGAACAUGCGCACGACAAACUGCAUUGAUGCAUAUGACACACGGGCCGACCGCUGGGUGGAUAUCACGCAGGAGGAGCAGAGCAACCUAGCUGGUCAUGGCACAGUGUACCAUGAUGGGUUUGUGUACUGCAUUGGGGGGUUUGAUGGGCAAAAUUUCAUCAAUACCGUGCGCAGAUACGACCCGAUCACACGAGCAUGGCAGCAGAUGGCCCCCAUGCACUGGAAUCGAUGUAAUGUUAGUGUGGUCGUGCUCGAUGGGCUCAUCUACGCCAUGGGUGGCCAUAUUGGUUUCAGGCCCCUCAACAUCGUAGAGUGCUACAACCCAAUAACCAAUGAAUGGACCCAGAUCGAGCACAUGAAUGAGAGGAGAAACGAUGCCAGCGCCACCACCCUGAAUGGCAAGAUAUACAUCUGUGGGGGCCACAGUGGAACAGAGAGCCUUUCUACAGUGGAGUGCUUUGACCCACUCUCUAACGAAUGGAGCUUGAUCACUCCAAUGAGCACUCCCCGUCACAGCCUUGGAGUCACGGCGUAUAAAGGCAAGAUCUAUGCGGUGGGCGGUAUCAACAGGCCUGAUCACCUGCAGACCAUGGAGGUCUAUGACCCUACCACAAACCGCUGGCAUGCUGUGGCCCCCAUGUCCACACCGCGCAGUGAGUUUGGCAUCGCAGUGGUGGACGACCUCCUAUUUGUGAUGGGCGGCCACGAUGGGUUUGGGGUAACUAACAAGGUGGAGUGCUAUGAUGCGGGGACAGGCAGCUGGUAUCGUGCGCAGGACAUGAGCAGAGCCAGACAGCAUUUCAGCUGCUGCGUAGUGCCUGCGCACCCCCGCAUCAUAGAAUACGCUUCACCUCGUUAGUCCCUAAUGGCCGCCAAGGAGGAGAGAAACCCAUCUGCCCACAACAGCAUGCCCAGUACGUAACCUCAUUUACACCCCCCACCCCGAAUUCUUUCCCUAUAACAUACAUUGAGUUUAUAUAGACACCUCUUUUUUUCCCCAGACUCUGCUUCCUCAUUGGAAGGUGUGUUGGUGGGAUCGAGGUCUUUGAAGACAAAGCUGUCCGGAAGUAAUUUUCCAUGGCCUCGCUAAACUCCUCCCACACCUGAGUUUUUACCUCGACGACCGCCGAAGCCGCAUUCCAACAUACCAUCAACGCUGUCCACCAGCGGGUUCGGGGAUUGCUGCCACAACAGGCCACAGCUCCAGUCAGCCGCCUCCACAAUGGAGGCAUGGAACAAGGCCCAUUCGUACUAGUCAGUCCCCUGCGUCCUCCAGGACAUGGGAGAAGCUCUGCUGGAGAUGGGAGCUGAAUCUUCUCCUGACAUUGCAUACUUAAAAUAAAGUUUUCUUUUUCAUAUUA